UCCAUGUUGUUAUUAGUUAUGACGAAAUCUCGAAAAAGAAAGGAAAUAACCGCCACCAAUCUGGCGGGAAUAGUUUCCUCACUUUUUUCGAGAUUCAGUGUUUGUUAAUUAACGUUGAGUCAACGAUAUGAGAGAGAUGUUAUCACUUUUAAUCAACGAUGUUCCGCGUGCUAAGUUGUGAUAAGUGUCGAGUUAGAGAGUAACAGUGACAACGCAGUCACAAGAGAAUUUGAACCCUUCACCGGCUACAUUGUCUAAAUACGACGUUAACACUUACCAUUCGAGACAUGGAAAAUAAUACAAAGAACGGAAAGAAGCGAAAUACCGAGAUCUCCAACGAGCAUUCGGCUAAACGCUCCAAGAAUACCGAGAAUAGCAACAAUGUGGAAGAGUGCACGGCUGGAAAAGUAAAAAAGAUUCGCAUUCGUAACUUCAUGUGUCACGAAGCAUUGGAGAUAACACUAAAUGAAAACGUUAACUUCAUUGUGGGACGUAAUGGCAGUGGUAAGAGUGCCAUACUAACAGCGUUAACUGUAGGGCUUGGUGCAAGAGCUAAUGUUACCAGCAGGGGAACCUCUGUGAAAGAAUUUAUUAAGAAAGGUCAGACAUCUGCUACUGUUGAGAUAACUUUAACAAAUAAGGGAGAUACAGCAUACAAACAUGAAAUUUAUGGUGAUGUUAUUACAGUCCUACGUACCAUUGGAUCUAUAUCAACAUAUAAAAUGAAGAACUGGAGAGGAGAGGUUAUUUCUACAAAACGAAAUGAAUUGGACAACAUCAUAUCUAGCAUGAAUAUACAAAUUAAUAAUCCAAUCUCUGUUCUGAAUCAAGAUGUGUCAAGAACAUUUUUAGUCAUGUCUAAACCUGAAGAAAAGUACAAUCUGUUUAUGAAAGCUACGCUUUUAGAUGAAAUUGAGAAUAAUUAUGUAGAAGCUUUACAAAUAUGUGAGGAAGAAAAUGAAAAAUUGAAACAGUACAAUGAGGCUUUGUCGCAAGUAAAGACAGAGAUACAGAAAUUAAAGGAUAAUAUAUGUAAAGUUGAGGAAAUGGAUGAGUCACGUGCUGAGAUGAUUAAUCUGGAACAAAGAGAACUUCCAUGGGCUAUUGCUAUCGAAGAAGAAACCAAACUUCGCAAGAUCCAGGAAAAUUUAAAAAUUAAUGAGACCAAAUUGAAAGAGUUACAAGAUGUGGAAUCAUCUGUGGGAACAAAGAACGAAGAAAUAGAUAACAAAAUAAAAGAAAUAAAAAGGAAAAUUGAACAAGCGGAACGAGAAAGAAUAGAAAACCACGAAGCGUAUAAUAGCGCGAAACAAAAGUACGCGGCAGCGAAGGAGGCCCAUUCCAAUAAACAGCGCGAAUGGCGCUCCAUGGAGCACAAAAUAAAACGAUACGAAGAUGAUAUUGAUUUACUACGGGGAGAAAUUCAGAAAUUAGAAAAUUGCAAUGACGCACAAUACAACGAGAGGAAAGAGAUGUCAGAGAAGCUGUCAAAGUUGGAGGAAAAUUUGGAUGAAAUCGAAGCUUCGAUACGCACAAAGCAAACCGAAUUGAUGCACUUGGAGACCGACAAUACGCGGUUGUCGCAGGAAAAGCAGUUGGCUAAGAUUGAAGUGGAUAAGUGUAUUGCAUGCAUACGUAAACUAGAAAGGGAUUUGAGCGGGUUCGAGCAGCAAUCGGAUAAUGCGCUGAGUGUGUUUGGACCUAAUGUACCGCGUCUACUGAGACGAAUAGAGGAGGAAUGCAAGAAGGGACGAUUCAAAGAAAAACCUCGUGGUCCUAUCGGUGCUUAUAUAAAGAUGAAGGAUGAAGCAUGGGCACCAGCGGUAGAAAAUCACCUAGGUCGUGGUUUUCUCAAUACAUUUUGCGUAGACAACAACCAGGACGCUAAAUUGUUGACCAGUAUUAUGAGGGAGAUAUAUUACAAUGAGAAACUUCCUCAAAUUAUCACUAGCAAAUUUUAUAAUCGGGUACACGACGUUAGGCGAUUUUGCACACAAUCGCCGAAGUAUUCUAAUCUGCUGGAAGCGAUGGUCAUAGAGGAUCCUAUCGUGGCUAACUGCUUGAUCGAUCAACGUGAAAUCGAAUGCAUACUUCUUAUUCCAACUAAUCACGAGGCCUGCGAGAUAAUGUCCAGUGCAGCAAAAGUGCCGAAAAAUUGCAAGAGAGCGUUCACUCAGCAAGGUGAUAUUUAUUUUCCCGAUCCAAAUUACAGGACAUAUGGCGGCAGGUGCGGCACACGCGCCAAGUAUCUUCAAGUUUCCAGCAAGCAGGCGAUGCAAACACUGAAGGAAGAGCUUGAGUUAGCAGAGAAUAACAGGCGAGAAGCCAAGACUGCGUACAAUGCUGUAUGUGAAAGAGAAGAGCGCACCAAAUCUGCAUUGAAUAACGUAAACGCGACAGUUAUGAAAUUCAAGGGGCUCCAAAGACGUUGCAAAGAGGAGAUUGAUAACUUGAAGGAUAAAAUCGAGUCAAGCAAAGGCACGUCUGCGGACGUCUUUCGACACGAACUUACGGAAGUCGAGAAGAAGUUAGCGCAAGAAAGAACUACGCACAAGCUUUUGGCUGAGAAAACGCAGGAGUUCCAAGAAAACGUUAAAUCUCUCGACGAAGAAGUCCAGCGUUGCAAAGAUUUGAGAGACAAUUUAUAUACAUUGAUAGAUCCUUUAAAACAACAAAUAGAUGAGCUCAAAGAGGAAAAAGAAAGGCAUCAUUUUGAGUCGCAACGCUCUACCCGGAGAUUGCAGGAAGUUCAUCAAGCCGUACAAGAAACGACGGGUGAAUUCGUAAUACAAGAAAGAGCCACGAAGAAAGCAGUUGCUAAUGCUACCGAAAAAUGCCCUAGGAUAAACACAACGAGAUCGAUAAAAAAUAUCAAGACUACAUUGACCGAUUUACGAGAAAAAAUUUGUGAGGUGGAGCAUCAAUUCGGUUCUGUGAAUACUUUGCGAGAAAAAUUGCGAGAGAAAGAAGAAAAGUACGGUGUGAAUAUCGAAUUUAUGUCGAAAUUGAAGCAAAGUUGCGAGAGUCACAUUGCGCGAGUGAAGCAUCGACAGAAGUUGUUUGUGGAGUUGAGGCAGUUAUAUGGUAUUCAUAUACAGAAGUCUUUCAAUGAUGUACUUGCUCUAAGACAAUAUAAGGGUAUCAUGACAAUUGACCAUAAUAAGAAAGUGCUUGACCUGAAUGUAAGCGCACGAGAUGACAAAAACGCCGGCAAUGACACAAGAUCGCUCUCAGGAGGUGAACGAUCGUACUCGACUGUCGCAUUCAUUUUGGCCAUUUGGGAUUGUGUUCAGCUACCCUUCUAUUUCCUCGACGAAUUUGAUGUGUUUAUGGACAAAGUGAAUCGACGGGUGAUUAUGGAUAUACUGUUGGAUCACACCAGGUUGCAUCCGGAGAGCCAGUUUUGUUUCUUAACACCUUUAGACACGUCGCACAUUCUUACUGAAGAUUACGUAACGAUUCAUCAAUUGCAACCACCGGAAAGAAGAGGACUAAGUCAGUAAAUUCGUAUUUUGUUUAUCAAUUUUGACAUUAUUUCAUUCUGUUUCAUGCGAAAUCCAAUAACCAUAUUUUGCCUUGUUUCUACUAAGAAAUAAGAUAUUUAUUUACGUUAUAUUGUUUUUUUAAACAAAGUUCUACAUAUUUAUUUUUCAUAAUUUAUAAGAUGAAGGCAGAUAUCACACACAAAAGGCGUGUCUUGUUGUUAAAUGUUACAUGAAGAUGGUGAAAGAUAUUUGCACUUCAUAUUACAUAUAGUAUAUAAAUAGCCGUAAAAUUGUUUGUAACAAAAUUAUUACUCAAAAUCACCACGAAAUAGGAAUAGUAUUAGCUCAUGUUAUUCGGUGUACAUAAGAGAGCAAAAACUUAGUAUGCCAAAUAUGAAGAGGAAAAGUGCCUUGAUUUUUAUCUGUUACCAAAUGCAAAACAGUACAUAUUUUUUCUUAAUAAUAAAAUGCAAGCACCAAAUGUCGA